ACAGUAGCGGAUUGAUUCGGUGAGAAAGUCAUCGUUAGUGAAGGAUCGUGUAGUUAGUUGUUAUCGUCUGCCUUCGUUCAGCACUGUGAUCUCAAGAACGCGGGCAGAAAUGGAGUUUUUUGGAAUGGAUUUCAGCUGUGUUUACGGAUCUCUAAGCCACGGCAAGUUCCCGGAGAAAGACUGUUUGCUACCUCUUAUCUCCAAGCUCCUCGGCUAUUGCAUUAUAGCCGCUUCGACCACCGUCAAACUUCCUCAGAUAUUGAAGAUCUUGAAGCAUCAGAGUGUCAGAGGACUUAGUGUUAUAUCCUUUGAGCUAGAAGUCGUAGGUUACACCAUUGCUCUGGCAUAUUGUGUCCACAAAGGACUUCCAUUUUCAGCUUAUGGGGAACUGGCAUUUCUCUUGGUUCAAGCUAUAAUUUUGGUUGCCGUUAUCUACUAUUACUCUCAGCCUAUUGGUAUGACAACGUGGAUGAGGGCACUACUAUAUUGUGCUGUAGCACCAACAGUUUUAGCUGGUCAAAUCAAUCCUGUUCUAUUUGAAGCUCUAUAUGCAUCUCAACAUGCAAUUUUUCUCUUCUCGAGGAUCCCACAAAUAUGGAAGAACUUUUCUAACAAAAGUACUGGGGAGCUUAGCUUUUUAACAUCCUUUAUGAACUUUGGAGGUGCUAUGGUGAGGGUUUUCACCAGCAUCCAAGAAAAAGCACCAAGAAGUGUACUCUUGGGAUCUGCCCUUUCUAUUGCAACAAAUGGUACCAUUUUGAGUCAGAUAAUUCUAUACCAGAAGAAGGAUGUAAAGAAAGAGAAGAAAGCAGAGUAGAGGAUGAAGACUUGCAGUUGUGGCUUUGCCGUAUCAGAGAUUAAGCUUGUAUAUAUUUAGUAAAGGUGAACAACAGUCAACUGUCUUGAAAGGAAAGGUUUGGGACUCUCUCCUCUGCCUGUGACAUUUUCUCAAGCUUAGUCUUUAGCUUAUUACCGGGCAUGAUCAGAUAAUCAGUUUUCUGCAAGAAUUUGAGAAUUCUUUUAUUUUGGAAUAUGAUGGCACAUUCAUUAGGCUUUUGCUGAGAUCUCCACCUGCCUGCCUUCCCCCCUGUUUAUGGGGUUGUAAAGGGGAAGGAGGUGGAAUGUACUUCGCAUUAAAUUAUAGUUCCAAUUCAAUUACUACAGUUAAAAUGAUCA